AUGUCAACAAGAUGUAAACACCUGGACCCCGUCUAUGUAACGUGUAAACAGAGGAGGAGGAGGAGGGAGAGCCGCUCAGAGAAUGAGAAAUGGACUAUGGACCACACAGCAGAAAUGGACUAUGGACCACACAGCAGAAAUGGACUAUGGACCACACAGCAGAAAUGGACUAUGGACCACACAGCAGAAAUGGACUAUGGACCACACAGCAGAAAUGGACCAUGGACCACACAGCAGAAACCUCUUGGUGUCUCUUUCUCCCUGUUUGAGUCCCAGCAGAAUAGUGGACUGGCAACUGCAGGGAGGCAACACCCUGGGGACUGGCAACUGCAGGGAGGCAACCAAGCAACACCCUGGGGACUGGCUACUGCAGGGAGGCAACACCCUGGGGACUGGCAACUGCAGGGAGGCAACACCCUGGGGACUGGCAACUGCAGGGAGGCAACCAAGCAACACCCUGGGGACUGGCAACUGCAGGGAGGCAACCAAGCAACACCCUGGGGACUGGCUACUGCAGGGAGGCAACCAAGCAACACCCUGGGGACUGGCUACUGCAGGGAGGCAACCAAGCAACACCCUGGGGACUGGCUACUGCAGGGAGGCAACCAAGCAACACCUUGGGGACUGGCAACUGCAGGGAGGCAACCAAGCAACACCCUGGGGACUGGCUACUGCAGGGAGGCAACCAAGCAACACCCUGGGGACUGGCAACUGCAGGGAGGCAACCAAGCAACACCCUGGGGACUGGCAACUGCAGGGAGGCAACCAAGCAACACCCUGGAGACUGGCUACUGCAGGGAGACAACCAAGCAACACCCUGGGGACUGGCAACUGCAGGGAGGCAACCAAGCAACACCCUCCCUGGAGACUGGCUACUGCAGGGAGGCAACCAAGCAACACCCUGGAGACUGGCUACUGCAGGGAGACAACCAAGCAACACCCUCCCUGGAGACUGGCUACUGCAGGGAGGCAACCAAGCAACACCCUGGAGACUGGCUACUGCAGGGAGGCAACCAAGCAACACCCUGGAGACUGGCUACUGCAGGGAGGCAACCAAGCAACACCCUGGAGACUGGCUACUGCAGGGAGACAACCAAGCAACACCUUGGGGACUGGCUACUGAAGAGCGACAACCAAACAACUUUCUGACAGACUGUUCUGAUGAAUGGUGACAUCUGUCAUCCUGGAGAUAUUUUGAGGACAUUCUGUUUGUGUAAAGAUUCAUGUGUCUAUGGUUUGUUUGUUAUUUUCACAACAUGCUUUCUUAAUAAAUACAAUACUUUUAUCACA